GUGUGACACGUACCAACGUGUUGGCGAUCGAGGAGGCGUUCGUUCCGCUCGUUUCUCUAUUUAUGCUGUCAGUGACACAUAAAUCGCCGGAAAAAUCAGCGGACAAAGAGAAAGAGAGAGAGAGAGAGAGCGAGAGGCAGAGAGAAACAAAGAGACGGGAGAAGAGAAAGGGAACAACGAGCGAGACCGCGCGCACGAAAAUCAAUUUGACGGAUCGUUGUCGUCCGUUCGACGCGAGGACUUCCAAAAAAUAAUCCUCGACUUCCGAAAUCCUCCAUCUCCGGUACAUUGGAACGAUCUAAAAAUAAUGUAAAACAAACGCUCGGGUCGGUAGACCGUUCUAUUGCGUCGAGACUCUCGCAAUGACAUCAGCGAUAAGCGCCGUAUGGUUGGACUAUCGAAUCCACUCGUCGAAGACCUCGCCGCAGAGAAAAAUCCAACGGAGAAGUGUGUCAGCGGAAAAAAUGCCGCGUCGAAAAACCGUCAACUUCGUGUGCCGGUCCCACAUAAUCUUAUCUUUGCCCCUGCCCACAUGUCAAGCUCGCGACUGCACACCCACACAUCCGUACACACAGCUCGAACGAAUGUGCUGCUCCGCGCACACAUAGAUCCCUGUCUCCGUCGGUGUUCCGCGUUUUUUCCGCACACAGAUGAAUCAGUGGACACGCGAGCACCUUUCCAUACGAUUCUUCGCGUCUCCGCGACUACGAAAAUAAUACGGGAAAACAACAUUUUGUACGAGCUACGCACGUUCCACGAUCUUCGACAUACUGAUCGUAUCUACGCGCAGCGCCCGAUCCGCCUUCGACACGCUGUUGCGAUUCGAUAAACCUUUAUUUGCCACGAUCAAACAAGACGAAUCUGGAGUAGCGACUUUAGCCGACCGAUUUUAAAAUCGAUAUUGUUUGUACUACAACACUCGAACACGGUACGCGCGAUGUUCGAUCGUAUCCACCUGGAACGAAAUUCUUUGCUGCGCCGUCGUUGUUUAACCGUUGCAGAAAACACAGACGUGCAAUCCGAUCGACGUAACUGUACGCUAACGAAGAUAUAGUUCCAACGACCGUGUGCCAACAAACAUUAACGCCACGAGGAAUGUUCUACUCGAUAAAUUCGUUUGUUUUCCCGUUAUUGUUCCGUUGAAAUGAAUUCGUAAGAUCAGAAUUUGAGAAUUUGACAAAGAUCCGAACGAAGUUUUUUUUCCUAAAACAACACGUUACUCCGAGCAUAUUCCGAUGCAGCGUCUAAACGAUUUUUAUCGAGCACGUGGAAGCCAGUGACCACCGAAUCGCAGCACUAUUUACUUUCGCACAAUGUCCGCCGAUGCCCAAAGAAUCCUAAAAAGAAUGUAGAGCUGUCCAGAGCGUUCCGCCUAUUUAAAAAUCAGCGCGGCCGUUAAUUUCUUUGCUUUUGGUCACAAUUGCGUUGGUGGAGGCGAGCCUGUGCGCGCGUGUAGGAUCGUGUGCGUGGAUUAUUUUCGCUUAUGCCGCGGCGCACGCAAUCUCAGAAGUGGUUCUCCCGUUGACAGGUUCCGAGCGGGUUUUCGCCGGCUUUCGACGAAGCCGUCGAUCGAGGAGUGCCACGGCAGCGCGGCCGAUCCAGCACCGAUCCUGCCUAGAUCCUCGCCGAGCGACCCGGGAUCCACGCCGGCAGGCGAGAGUGUCGUGAUCGUGAUCGUGAUCGUGAUCGUGAUCGAUCGGCGCGACGCGACUCGACGCCGGAACCAGAAAUCCGACCGACGUGGAGUUCUUAUGCAACAACCGGCGGGGGACAGGUGGACAGGACGAGACCGUGGAUCGUGGAUCCGCGGCGAUCGUGGAUCGUGAUCGGUCGCGAUCGCGUCACGGCCCCGCGAAAUGGAAGGAUCGUCGUCGCGCGUCGUCGUCGCCCGUGUGAAUUAUGAAUGGUGACCGCGACGAACCGGUGCAGCUGGCGCGAAUUACACGCGAAUUGCACGCGGAAGCUACGAGAUCCCGAAUCGACCGGCGAUUAGAUCUUCGCUGCUCGCGUCGCCGGGAAAUAUAGAGACAAUCGACGGGACAGCGCGAGGCGAUCGAGAAUCUUAGUGUCGCGGAAGUCGUCGGCUGUGCAAUCAGUGUCAUCCGGGAUUUCCCGGAGAGCUUCUCAAAUUGCGGAUAAUACUUUAUGCUCGCUGCUGUGCAAAGACGGAUUAGCGUUUUCGAGAAUCCGUGGAAAAUUCCGGUGCCGGUGGAAUCCGUGGAGAAAGGAUCGAGAACGAUAUUGGUGCUGUGAUCAGUGUCGUUUAACCUAAGUAUAUCGAGAGAUCUCUUGGAAUCAUCUCGUAGACGAAAUCCUCGGAUUUAUCGAGAAAAGCAGUGCUCGAGGAAAACUUCGAGCUUCGUUUGGAAUAUCGAUGAGGAUCGAUGAAAAGGCUCGUCCUGCUGGCCCGGAACAGGCCGAGAAGAUCAACCGAGAACCGGAGCGCUCGGGGAGACAAACAAAAUAUUUGAAUCGGUGCUACGAAAGUCAAGUUCCAAGGUUCUCUCUGCGCUUCGAACAGAAAAUGCUGCUUCGUUCAGCGAGGAUUCAAAAAGAUCUAGAAUCACGCGUUCUCCCUUUGUUCGUGGACAACGCCGGUGCUGUGUGAUUCGAGCACAAGGAUUCCGGCGGCUGUUACAAUCGUCUCUUUGUGACCCGAGAUAAACUUUGCAGUUCCAUUGAGAAUCGCCUUCUCUAGAGUCUAGAGUCUAGAGUUGCUAGGAUCGCCGAAAGAUUUAUCGCGAGAAGCAUCGGGCGAGAGCGACAUUUUCGGAGCGGAAGCGGUCGGACGGAGGAAGCCGCUGUGCGGCGACUUUUGUUUCCGAUGCGAAAUAUCGGUCGGCGUCCGCGCUGGCUCCGCGGAAAAUUGAUAACGAUGACGGAACGGGCCGAGAAUAAACGAUAGAAUGAGCGUUUGCACGAGAAAUCGCACGGCGGCCGAUGUGUGCCGUGGACGUGGCCGUGGAACUUGGAACGCUCCGGUGAAUUUCAACGCGACCGCUUUGCAUUGCAAACUGGGGGGCGUUCCCUGACGCGUUAUGUCUUUUUCCACCGGUCGGUUUCAACGAUCCCUGUUUGUAUCUUCCGGUGCAGGCGCCGGUGCCGAGAGCUCGGAAGACUCGCCGAAGGGACCGUGGAGAACCCGAAGCCGAGGCGGACCGGAACAAAAGGCGCGGGAAGAGAGAGCUAAAUCGGUGGAAUCGGAAGGGAAUGCUCUGUAAGUGGUGUCCGUGGCAAAUCGUAAAUUCGACCGACGUCUUCGCGAAGUAAACCUCGGUUGAGGCUAUUGCUGGAUUCGCAGAGGAAGGUUUUGCCAGCGACACCGUGCCCUCCCCGUGCAAUUCAAUAAUCGCCGAGUUUCCCGCGCGAGUGGACAAGAGACUGGCCCCGCCGAUGCUCCAAGACCGUCGUCGGAGAUCGAACAGAGAGAGGAGAGAGAGAGAGAGGCUUUUCUCUCGUGCACGCACCACCGCGCCGAUACGCGAGCCGGUAGUCGUAGCUGAAGAAGUUCACCCGCGGGUAAAGCUAUAAAUACGAAAAAGCGAGAGAAGGGACAGCACCGGUGUCGGCGGCAUCGUUCGGGAUCGUUCAACGAAAUGCUCAUGACCGAAAAAGGGUCUCACAGGGAAGGAACCAACGUGGAAUCGGACGAGCAUUCGACGGCGACCGCCACCGGCAACGAAAACCUAUUGCCAUUGAACGAGCUGCUCGUUAACUCGACGGUUCCUGCGGCCGCGGUUGCGGCGAAACUGAGCGAGGACUCCGCCGACGAGGCUGGACGAACCAAUGCCGAGAAACAGAGGCGCGGUAUUCUUAGCAGCUUCCAGAGAAGAACGUUCAGCAGGGUCAGCUUCAAGGGAGAGACCGGCCCUUUAUUGAGCAGAUACCGGCAGACCAGGUUCAGCUCGCGGCGGAUCCGCAAGAGGGUGGUUUUCAAGCACGGCGAUUGCAAUGUCGUACAAGGAAAUGUCGCCAAGCGGCGGCGCCGUUACCUUCAGGACAUCUUCACGACACUGGUGGACGCCCAAUGGCGAUGGACGCUGCUAGUCUUCUCCAUGAACUUCCUGCUCUCGUGGCUCGGCUUCGCCCUGAUAUGGUGGCUGAUAGCGUACAGUCACGGGGACCUGGACCCGGAGAACUACUCGAACCCGAAUCUGACGUUCACGCCGUGCAUCGUAGACAUCCGAGGGUUCACCAGCUCGUUCCUCUUCUCGAUCGAGACGCAGCACACUAUCGGGUACGGCUCGAAACACCCGACGGACGAGUGUCCGGAGGCGGUGUUCGUGAUAUGCAUCCAAUCGAUGACCGGCGUGAUUCUGCAGGCGUUCAUGGUCGGCAUAGUGUUCGCGAAGCUGUCUCGGCCGAAGAAGAGGACGCAGACGUUGCUGUUCUCGCGAAACGCUGUGAUCUGUCAGAGAGACGGCCAGCCGUGUCUGAUGUUCCGUGUCGGUGACAUGAGGAAGAGCCACAUCAUCGAGGCCCACGUCAGGGCCCAGAUGAUCAAACGGAAGGUGACAAGGGAAGGAGAACUGCUGCCAUUCUUCCAGACAGAAUUAAAAGUGGGUGGAGACGGCGAGGAGGACAAGAUAUUCUUCAUUUGGCCAACGACGAUCGUCCACAAGAUCAACGAGCAGUCGCCUCUUUAUCACAUAUCGGCCAGCGAUAUGCUAAGGGAGCGUUUCGAGAUCGUGGUGAUACUAGAGGGCGUGAUCGAGUCGACCGGCAUGACCACGCAAGCAAGAAGCUCCUAUCUACCUUCGGAGAUACUAUGGGGACACAGGUUCGAGCACAUAAUCACGUUCAAGAAGGAGACCGGGGAAUACGAAGUGAACUAUACUUUGUUCAACAACACCUACGAGGUGGACACGCCUCUCUGUUCCGCCGCAGAUCUCGAUAAAAUUCGAGCGAUGCAGCGUGCAAAGGGAGAGCGCAUGAGCAGCAGCGGGUUCCCUCAUUACCGGGACGCGUCCAGCAGCUCGUUGACUACCGGAUCCGGUUCGAGCCUGGCAUCGUCGACCGGUGGACUGCACAUGAACGUACCGAUGACUCCGUUGACUCCGAUCCCGGUCAUGAUCACCAGCCCGGACGGUUCCCUGAGGCGCGACAGCAUGCAGAGCAUGCAGAUCGACGGGAAAACGCCCGUCUUUUAUACUCAGAACGAGCUGCUGGAUAGCGAGGCCCAUUCGAUCGAUCACAUGUCGGAGGAGACAAGGAACCAGGAGGAUUAUAAUCGUGUGUUGGAGGACAUCAACGCGUCAUUGAGGAAGAAUCGAACGGAGGAGAGGAAAAAGGAGGAUAGGAGGAUGCAUAAAGACGCAUCGAGGGCCACGAUGGACUCGAAAAAGAGCGACGUAAUGAGGCGAUCCACCUCGAGGACAACCAUGGAUCAGAUUCCAGGCCUUAUCAAUCCUCCGCCGAAGACACCGUCCCGUCAGCAUUUAGAGUCUAGGCACCAGAAAGUCGCGGAGCCUCAGGAUGUCUACCGCGAGCCUCUCCCUCACCCACUUUCCCUAUCGAGAAGAUCGAGCUUAGGAGACAACCACAGGCCCAGAGAGCCCCUGAAGAAGACCAGCUUCAUCCUGGGAGACGACGACAGCGUGAUCACGAUCCCCGAAGCUGGUCAUCGAGGUCCGGACCCGAUGGAUUCGGAUUCAUCGAAGUCGAAUCAUCAUCCUCUGAGCAGAGGCCCGCAGGAGCAGGUAUAGGGUACGCGGAAUGCCGGGAUUCCAGGAACGGAAGGGCGGUGCGAAUGCCGGUGGAAAGUGAGAGGAGACGGAGACGAAGAAACGAU